CUUUUGAAUACCGCGUGACUUGGUUUGGUGAAAGAGACCGACGGUUAUGGGUUCUUUAUGCCACUCCGACGCAGCGGGCAUGUUCGUUAACGAGCCUGAGCUGACUCGAAGCUAUACGGCAGAUGCAGAAGGCUACACUACUCAGACACUUGAGCCCACUGUCUCCAAGCUACCAAGCUUGCAAAAUCCUUCGGAAUAUGAGGUCUACUGGGAACCUGAGGAUCCCGAAAACCCUCAUCUCUGGCCGUUAUGGUACAAAGGUGUCAGUAUUGUGACCAUGAGUCUUGGGGCGACGGUGGUCAGUCUUUUCAGCACUUUAUACACUUCAGGAAUCCCGGGCCUGGAGGAUGAGUUCCACAUAUCGAAAAUUGUCGGUCUUUUCGGUGUCUUUACUUACCUUCUCGGCAUGGGCGUGGGAACCAUUGUAUCCGCCCCAUUGAGCGAAGUAGUCGGUCGACGACCGGUUUACUUAGUCUCCAUGACCAUAUUUCUCUUGCUAAUUCUUCCGAGCGCUUUGGCUCGUAAUAUGGAAGCGAUCCUGAUUGGCAGGUUCUUCGGAGGUCUUUUCGGCAGCGCGAUUAUGGGCAACUCCCCUGCCUCGGUGAAUGAUAUUGUCUCUGAUAAACACCGCGCCCUUGCGUUUGGUAUCUGGUCGAUUGGUCCUACAAACGGUCCUGUCUACGGCCCGAUAAUUGGCGGCUUUGUUUUCGAGUAUCUGGGCUGGAGGUGGACGAACUGGAUUGUUCUGAUUAUUGGUGGUGUAGUUCUUGUCUUGAUGUGCUUAAUCAAGGAAACAUAUCCUCCGGUGAUCCUCCAAAAGCGAGCAGCAAGGCUCCGGAAAGAAACAGGAGAUCCCAAGUGGUGGACACGCUAUGAUGGUGGAGAGGAUUUGUCGAGACGGCUUAAAACCGGUCUUAGCCGGCCGUUUGUCAUGCUUGUGACUGAGCCAAUCUGCAUAUUCUGGGACAGCUAUAUCGCAAUCGUCUACGGUAUUCUCUACCUGUGUUUCGUUGCCUACCCCAUCGCCUUUCAGACAGAACGUGGCUGGUCGCCUGGCAUUGGGGGCCUCUCAUUCAUUGGCAUCGGAUCCGGCGUCCUGAUCACCAUCGCAUGCGAACCUCUCCUCCGCAAAGCAAUCAAUAGUCACCGCAAGGACCCGGAAACUGGAGAGGUAUCUCCAGAGGCGAUUGUCAGCGUUGUUAUUCUUGGCGCGAUUCUCCUCGCCGUGGGGCAGCUCUGGUUCGCCUGGACAUGUACACCAAAUGUCCAUUGGAUCGUGCCCAUCCUGGCCGGCGUUCCGUUCGGUUCUGGAAAUGCAUGCGUUUUCAUUUACGCCACUAGCUACGUCGCCCGCUCGUACGGUAUUUACACUGCCUCUGCGCUGGCGGGGAAUAUGUUCUUCCGUAGUAUCAUGGGCGCUUGUCUGCCACUUGCGGGACCGUCGAUGUAUAACGCGCUGGGGCUAAACUGGGCCAGUACUUUGCUGGGUCUUGUGGAGACUGUGUGUAUCUCCAUUCCGUGUGUUUUCUACUUCUACGGGCAUAGAAUUCGUAAGGCAAGUCCCAUGAUUCAGGCGAUGGAGAGGAUGCAGGCGGCAACAUAAAAUACCUCCACCAGAGCUCUUCCGAAAGCUG